CCAACGCUGCCUGCUGACAGGUCACGUCAUCCAAAACAAACGCCCCCCCCCCCCCCCCCCGGGCGGGGCUUAAGGGCAACUAGCGAGGGGCAAGUAGCGGCUCUCCCGGCCGCGUCCAAUCGGGUUUACCGGUCCAGCUUCUUUCUUGACUCCGAGGAGGGGCGUCGUCUACUUUUUUGUUGACUUCUUCCAUCUCACUUCCGGGUUUCUGCUGCCUCCUUCGCGAAAGCCGUCCAUCUUUUAUUUAUUUAUUUUCCUUCAGAAAACACGCACCCAAAUCAAGUUAACAUGGCUAUGGUAAAGAGCGGUUGGCUCCAUCGACAAAGCACCAUACUGCGCCGGUGGAAGAGGAACUGGUUUGACUUGUGGGCCGACGGCCGCCUCGUGUUCUACAACGACCAACAGCGGAGCAACAUGGAGGACGACCUCCACAUGAGGGUCGACUGCAUCAACAUCCGCAGCUCCGCCGCAUGUCAAGAGCUGAACCCGCCGGAGGGGAAGAUGCGCGAUUCCUUUCUCCAGAUCGUGUGCCGGGACGGCCGCGUCAUCAGCCUGUGUGCAGAGAGUGCGGAUGACGCUCUGGUGUGGACCAUGGCGCUUCAGGAGGCCAGGAUUAAUGCGGCGGUUCCUGCACCUCAGAUCGGCUUUGCACAGGAAGUGAGGCCGUCGGCUCCUCCCGUCUACUCAGAAUACGCUCCCCCGCCUCAGGUCUUCGCUCCGGGUCCGUACGGAGAGUACGUCGCACCUCCACCGCACGCCGCGCAGAUCGUGUACUCUCCCGACGGGCAGCCGUACGCCGUGGCUUAUCCGUAUCAGUACCACGGCGGGUACGGCGCUCCCGGAGUGAACCAGACCGUUAUUCGGGAACGCCAGUGGGAAGACGGAGGCGACGUGGCUUUGGGGAUGAUCGCCGGAGCGGCGACCGGUCUGGCGAUCGGCUCCCUCUUCGCCGUCUUCUAGUGUCUUAAUUAACGUACAUCUAGUAAGCGCACCCCCCCUGUGUGUGUGUAUAUAUAUAUAUAUAUAUAUACACACACACACAUAGUAAAUACUGUCAGCACUUUCUCAUAUGCCCCGUGUGGCAGUUUCCUACUCGCUAUGUAAUGUCUGAAUAUGAAUGUUAUUUAACCAAAAAAAUACACAACAAUUACUCCCAAAAAGGUACAGUGUGACGCAUCUAGGGUGAGAAAUGGAAUAUAAUAUUAUCAAGUGUGUCUGCGUUAGCUCAGGAUGAGCCGUUUAUGCAUUUACGCAAGUUGUGCCCACAGAAGUUCUCCCACACGCUUUGCAAUUGGUUGCAUUCUGCAACCUCGCCACUAGAUGGCGGUAGAAACCUUCACGCUGGACCGACUGCAAUUCUCUCUGCCGAUUUAAAAGAAUUAUGAUUCACUGCAUAAACGAAAAGUGUUUUGGAGCUUGCGACCGGUGCAUCUCUUCUAUUUAUAGAGUUAUUUAAAUAACAGGAAAGACACUUCUCUGUUUAUGUUUAUUUCAGGUCCUCCAUUGUGUUUGUCUCUGAUUCAUGGAGCACAUUUGUCCUUAAUUAUUUGCAGAAUUACCGGUAACAGGUAAUUAAUAGGUGCACUUCUGUUUUCCUUUGUGUUUUCCCCUCUCUGUACUCGACCUUUACUUUGUUUGACAUGUCUUACUCGUCUGUUUUAAGUUGUGAAUAUAUGCUCACACACACACACACGGAAACACUGGAUGUGCUUUGAAGUGAAAAGGGACGUCACUCCUAACUCGUAUGUGCAUGCACUAUUUAUUGGUCAUGUUUUCAUUGGCAGCUGUAUAUACAUAUAUACUUUUCUUGUUUGUUUGUUUUCUUUGAUAUUUUGGUUUUCAUUUCAGUAGGUUUGUGGCAGUAUGCACAAACACAAAUCAGGUCUUUUUCACUCCAAAUGACUUGAACUUUCACUCCGAUUUCUUUCCAUUUUUCAUUAAUUGUAUGGAGUUCAUUAAAAGCAACUCCAACAUGUUUGUUCUGCUCUUCAAAGAAACCACAUAUCUUUUAUUAAUGACUCACUCACUCACCACGAGAUGCUUUAAGAGUUAUUUAAUUGAAGCAAAUGAUCAGCUUUGUGCAAGCAGCGUAAUGUCAUUUUUAUAUAUUUCUCCUAUCAAAUGUACCAAGUAACUUACGAUCUACCCUGCAUUUAGAAUACAAAAAUACAUAUGAUAGUUAACUAACAGAUGUAUUUUCAACAAUUAAAAAUAUAUGUUCACAAA